AUUGAAACGAAACCGGGCCCGGUAACAUUAGUGAAAUUCGCCGGAGCAGCUUCAACUAAAAAACAAUUGCCCUAAUUUCUAUAUCUCCAAUUAGGGAUUAGGGUUUUACAAGGGUUUUCCAUCGGAUCAACUCUCUCUCACGGAAAAUGAGAGGCCUGCAGUUGUCGCUCGACAAAGGCCAAAAACUGAGAUUCGAGAGAGCGUUCGAGCUGCUGGAUUCUCUCUCCUCCAAAGCCAAUUCCGACGCCUCCGUCAUCGUCGCCGACGACAUCUCCGUCAACAAUGAAGAUGCCAUUCUCAAGGGCCACGGCACGGCGGAGAUGGAUGACCGUUUGGUGGCGACGCUAUGUGGAGUUGUGGAGCGCGUCAACAAGCUUGUCUAUGUCCGGCCUUUGAGGGCCAGGUAUAAGCCUGAGAUCGGUGAUAUCAUCAUUGGCCGUGUUAUUGAGGUAAAACCAAAGCGUUGGAGGCUGGAGAUCAAUUUCAGCCAGGAUGCAGUGCUGAUGCUUUCAUCAAUGAACUUACCUGAUGGCAUCCAGCGACGACGAACUGCAGUUGACGAGCUUAACAUGCGCAGCAUAUUUGAAGAAAAUGAUGUCAUCUGUGCUGAAGUUCGUGGCUUCCAACAUGACGGCUGCUUGCACCUACAAGCAAGAAGCCAGAAGUAUGGAAAGCUCAAGAGAGGCCAAUUGCUUACGAUACCCCCUUAUCUAGUUAAGAAGCGAAAGCAGCAUUUUCACCAUCUAGAGCAAUAUGGAAUCGACCUCAUACUGGGUUGUAAUGGAUUCGUUUGGGUUGGCGAACAUGUUGAAGUGCGAGAUGAUAUGAUGGAGGAUCUAUCAGAUAAAUCUGAGCAACAAAAAGCGAAGUCGUGGAACACAGUGGGCGAUGAAGAAGUAGAAGAAACACACACUCCACCAGACACGAGGCAAAAUAUAUGCAGAUCGGCUAAUGCCAUCCGAGUGUUGUCUACUUUAGGCUUCACGAUUACAGUAGAGAUUAUCACAGAAAUUGUUGAAUUGAGUAGGUCUAUGAAUCUCGAUGUGCAUGAGAUGCUUGGUGCAGAAUUCUAUGUCAUCGUUGCUGAGAAAGAAGCUGAACGUCGUAGCUUGUCGACAAAAAGGAGAUGAUAUAUAAAGUAGAAGAGCCUGUAAGUUUUUUUUUCACAUGUUGAAUUGUAAAAGACAAGAUAUUGAUAGAAGCCAUUUUGUAAAACUAAUUCUGGAAACGUCACUUUUGUAAAACACAGUCAAAUUUUAUUUGAGUUGAUAGGAAUGCCAAUUUUCAACUGAUUAUUACA